CUAGGAUUCGCCGCGAGCUUAUCGCUUAUCAUCUGCGCCUCCCCAUCUCUCCCCUGCUCCUCCGCCUCCUCGUGAUCCAUCCAAACCAGGGGUAGCCAUGUCGGACUCCGAGGAGCACCACUUCGAGUCGAAGGCCGACGCUGGGGCGUCCAAGACCUACCCGCAGCAGGCCGGCACCAUCCGCAAGAACGGCUUCAUCGUCAUCAAGGGCCGCCCCUGCAAGGUGGUGGAGGUUUCUACCUCAAAGACCGGUAAGCACGGUCAUGCUAAGUGCCACUUUGUUGCCAUAGACAUAUUCAAUGGGAAAAAACUUGAAGAUAUUGUUCCGUCUUCACACAACUGUGAUGUGCCACACGUGAACCGCACUGAGUAUCAGCUGAUUGACAUAUCAGAGGAUGGAUUUGUGAGCCUUCUUACUUCUGACGGCAACACCAAGGAUGAUCUUAGACUCCCAACUGAUGAGACUCUCCUGGGUCAGAUCAAGGAAGGAUUUGAUGGGGGAAAGGAUCUUGUGGUGACUGUCCAGUCUGCCAUGGGGGAGGAGCAGAUCUGUGCCCUGAAGGAUGUUGGCCCCAAGUAACUUCCCUAAAGAAGGCCGGCUUUUGAAGAGGGAACAGUUGUAUCUGAAAAUUGAAAUCGAAAAAGACGUGUAUCGCGACGAAAGAUUGGUACCGAGACAUUCGCCCUAGCUUGAGCUGGCUUUUGCUGUAGUAAACUCAAGUGCAGUGAUUGCUGGGUGUGGCAUCGUAUCUGGAUCAUUAUCUGUGGUUACAUUUGGGACCCUGUAUUUUCUAUGGUUUUAUGCCCUCUGCUUAGUAUCAAUAAAUUGGUUUGGAAUGGUUGAAUUUCAUCA